AUCCGGGACUGUGGUCUGCCCGUGGCGUGCCAUCCGGGACUGUGGUCUGCCCGUGGCGUGCCAUCCGGGACUGUGGUCUGCCCGUGGCGAGCACCGCAUCACUGCCGAACAUGGCCGCGGCUCAUCUGCUCCUGCUGCUGGCGGCGUCGGCCGCCGGACGCCACCUGGACGCCGACGACGUUGGCCUGGGUGCCGGGGGUGACGGGGCGUACCCCGAGGAGCUCAACCCGACGCUGACCGACGACGGCCUGACCCUGAUCGAGUCGGACAUCGUGCUUCCGGAGGGCGUUGACCGGCGGGCGCUCAUGGCCAAGCGGUGGCCGCUGGGCGAGGCGGUGCCGUUCGUGGUGACGCCGGAGGUGGAGCAGCGGCGCACCAACAUCGAGGCCGGCAUCAGUCACAUAGAGGACGUCACCUGCGUGACGUUCCGGGAGGAGCCUGUCGAGUUCGCCGGGGCGCCACAUCUGCGUUUCAUCAACGGCAGUGGCUGCUACUCGUUCCUCGGCCAGAUGCAAAACAAACUCAGCGGUCAGUCCGUCUCGAUCGGCAAAGGCUGCGCCGCACUGGUGACGGUGGCGCACGAGAUCAGCCAUGCGCUCGGCUUCUUCCACGAACAGUCGCGACCCGACCGUGACCAGUACGUCGAGGUUUUGUGGGACAACAUCAAGCAGGGCAAAGAGGCCAACUUCAGGAUUAAGGAGAACGCCGAAACGCUCGGCGUCAAGUACGACUUCCGCUCUAUCAUGCACUACGCUAAGUUCGCCUUCUCCACUACGGGCAUGCCGACGCUUCGUUCGGUGGACCCUCUGCAGGGGCACUUGGUGGGACGGCGCAUAGGAGAGAUGACCCACCGCGACCGCGCAAUCACCAACAUCGCGUACCAAUGCGCCAACCACUGCACCGAGCCGCCCGCCUGCCAGAAUGAAGGCUACGUGGACAAGUUCUGCCAGUGCGUUUGCCCAGAGGGUGUGGAAGGCGCGCUUUGUGAGAACGUGCCGGAUGACUACAGCUACUACGGCCCGGUGUGCGGCGACACCGACAUCACGACGCCCGGCGUGAUCACCUCCCCCGGCUACCCCGACUCCAUGGAGAAGGACCGCCACUGCUACUGGCUGGUGACGGCGCCGAGCGGCUUCGCCGUCCGCCUCACAGUCACCGACGUCUCGAUGAACGACUCCCCGAACUGCAAGCGCGAUCGUAUGUCGAUCCGGGUGGAGGGAGACCUGCGCGACGAGAUCGAGUCCGAUUGCAACACGCGCCUCACCGGCCGCUCCUUCGUCUCGGUCGGCAACCGGCUGCUGGUGUACUUCCGCACCCGCGGCCGUUCCAGUCGCGGCCGACGCUUCAGCGGGUCGGUCGAGUUCGUGCCGGACGUGUAGAUCGCGGGGCGCAAAGCAGGCUGCGGACGGGGAGACGGGCGCUUCAUUCAAGAAAGUGGCAGUGGGUGAUCCUAGCCGAAUCGACACCACUGUCUUGCAGGCAGCUGUUUGCUGAUCUUGCUUACGAAUACGGCGUGCCCUGUUUGGCAUUCAUCUGAUUUUUUUAGUUGGUUCGUUGAUGUUUGUGUUUUUAUUGAGUUACGCCAACUAUCAGGCACUACUCCAAACAUCAACGGCCAGAAAAUCUGGUACACAAACAUGAUCAUACCAUUCUCAUGAGUGGUGUGAAGGGAAUCGUUCGAUUUUGGGGUAUGUAGGUGUGGCCUACUUUUUUGUAUCUGCCUCAAACACACGACAUUCGGGUGUGCCAUAGUUUGUUAUCAUUGUGCUGAGGUGUCGUUGCUGGUAAACGUCAACCAUGUUCCUUCACCCUCACCGGUAUCUCCUGUUUCCGGAUAGUGUUUUUAUCUGCCUUUGUUGCUCAAUUAAAAGGCAUUAAGCAUGGAUCACAUGCACGUAGAAACACACUUUUUCUGCUACGCGUAAUGGUAUGGGAGAAGGUAACUCUACACGACCUAUGGUGAGCAUAUUUCUUGCCUGAUCACCGUCCCGUCAAAAAAAAACAUGAGCCAGAUGAAGGCCAUGCGCAGUUUUUUCGUAAAACUCUGGCCAAACAAGUUCCAAAACUUUGUCAAAUAUUAUUUUCAUAUUCACCUCACAGAUGCACGUCAACGUCUUACUUGAUCUGAAAAUGACUCGUUAACAUUGAAACAGACUCAAUUUGGAUCCCGAUGCUGUCUUCAACAAGUUUAUUUUCAAACCUAUUUAGUGAUGAACUUUGUUAGAAAUAUUUUCCUGCCAAAAACUUUAAAAAUGUGUUUUACCUCAUCUUUUUACGUCGCACUGCAAAAUAAACUGUGCGUUUUCCGGUUCUGUAACACUUGUCUUCAUUUACCGUUGUUGCGCAGUUAUAGUGCUUCAAAUGUUGCUAAAAUCUCGAAAAAUUAGGAAUUCAAGUAUUUAAAGAUGUCAAGAUACUAUUUAAGCUAAAAGUUACCCAGUGGGCA